ACAAAUUAAGCACUGACCAAUACUGGUGAGAGCCCGGUGUAGCUAACAGGCUGCAGUUACAUGCAGACACUCAAGGUGUGGCUUGCAUGCUGGGAGACUGUUUGUGAGUGGCCCAGGUAGGAGCUGCUACGGCAAGGCAUCAUAAGGCACCCAAGGUUGCAGGGCAGGUAUGACACAACCCCCACUAGUCUGGAUUCUGCCACGGUAUGUCACAACUGGACAUAGUAAAAUUGAUUUCUGACCUAUAUCUUAAGUGUGGAGUCUCUGAAGAAUACUGGUGAAUGGGCUUGAUUGGAUUCCCUUGUUGAGUCCCUUGUGGACAGUAACAGAUUUUAUGUGGAGGGUUAAUAUUAGAUACUGGAGUAUCCAGCCUUUACAGAGAGGGCUGUUUUGUUGGUUUUACUUAAAACCCUAACUUGGUUAUCAGUAUUAGUCUUAUAGGAAAAAGAUAGGCACAAUCUUUACUAUGAAGAGAUCCCAAUCUCUCUGUUGUAAAACCGCUGUAAUCCUGAAAGCCUGAGAAGCAAUUAACCCAUCUCCCUUUAGUCUUCUCUCUUUCCUGUUAUUGUGGUGAUUCAUCCAGCUUUACAACUUCUAGUUCUCACGCAAACAGCAGCAUGAUUCUACAUGAGCAAUUCCCAGGUUGCAUACGAGAUUGCAUAAGAGAUCACUUUACCUUAGGUGGAAACUUAACAGCAGGGGGUUAGGUAGGUGAAAGAGUGUUAUCAUUCCACAAGGAGGCUGAGGGGCUGAACAAGCACAAUUUGUUUCUCCCCCUUAUCCCACUAGCAGUUUCUGUUUACUUUCUCCUCCCAUUACUAUUCAUGCCAAAGAAAAGCGGAAGUUAAGUGUAAUCCUCAACACUGGCUGAAAUCAGUUACAGUUCAUGAUCAAGAGUUCACACGCACGCACGCACCCUGAGUUUGUAAUUCAAGACUUCUCUUAGUUGUGAUUUCCCUCAUUGGGCAAGAGAGAGACAGGGUGAGGCAACAGAUAAGCCAGUGAGUUCAUAUGUCAGAGUUCCUCAUCAGCCUCUUCCUAGAGACAUUGUUUAAGGGCAGAGUCUGGCAAAAGGUAAAGCAAACUCCAACCAUGGCUAUGGACAACUUUGUUAGGGAAAUAGACAAAGCUUUUGAUGCAGCUAAAGGGAAAAAACCUGAGGAGCUGCUGGUCACGUACAAGGGGGUGCUAUACCCUAGUGGGAUGUGUCGCCCUGAGACCUUCCAAGCAUUGGACAUCAUGGAAGUUAGAAAAGAUGAUGUGUUCCUAGUUGCUUAUCCUAAAUGCGGAACAAAUUGGGUUCAACACAUUUUAAAUGACUUGACAUCUGCAGUUUCAAACAAUAAGGAGGAGGUACCACCAAGAGAGCAUAUUCAAAUGCUGGAAUUUGGAGUGCCAGAAAAAUUUCAGAAAAUAAAAAGUCUUCCUUCGCCACGUGUUUUUACCACACAUCUCCAUUAUGAUAAUAUUCCCAAGGCUGUUUUUGGGACUAAAGCAAAGGUACUGGUGGUAUUUCGAAAUCCAAAAGAUGCAGCUGUAUCCUAUUACCACUUCUACAACAAAAAUCCUGGGCUUCCAAAUGUCAGCUCGUGGGAUGAGUUCUUUCAGAAGUUCAUGAGUGGAGAAGUCUGCUGGAGCUCAUAUUUUGACCAUGCUCUUGCCUGGAACGAACACAUGGAUGAAGAGAAUAUCAUGAUCAUCACAUAUGAAGAAAUAAAAGAGAACUUACUUGGAAGAGUGAAACAAAUAGCUGAAUUUUUGGGGUUCUCUCUGCCUGAGGAGAAGAUUCAGUCUAUUGCAGAGAAUGCCACAUUCGAAUCAAUGAGCAAUAAAUCCCAAGAAACACAUGGCAAAUUUGGUUCCAUCAUUUUCAGAAAAGGUGCUGUUGGAGAUUGGAAGAAUCUGUUCACUGAGGCUCAAAGCCAAGAAAUGGAUGCCAAAUUUGAAGAAUGUUUAGCAGGAACAAAACUGGGAGCCAGGCUAAAAUAUGAUAAAUACUGCAAAUACUAAAUCUUUGACUAUCAGAAUAACAUUAGCAUUUACUCAGAGACAUCAUCUAUUUUUCUACCUUUUGUUUGAGAAUGCAGAGAUUAAAAUAAUUAGACUUUCACGCAAGGAUUUGCACACAAAAAAACAAAAAACAACCAAACCUGAGAUACAAUAAAUAAGGCUAGUGGUCCAAA